AUGGGGUGUGGAGUGAGCAGCAAAGUGCUUCCAGAGACUAUGGAGCCUCCCUUAAAACAAAAAAAUCCUUAUUAUGUGAAGUUGAUACGUGCUGUAAUCCCAGUCCAGUUCUGUAAGGAGCCAGAACCCUGCAAGGGAGAAUUUUGGGGACUUCAAGAGGAACCCAGAAAAGACAAAGAAUUACAAGCGAAGAAAAACCAAGUUGCCCGUUAUCGAGCCAAGUUCGAUCCCAGAGUAACUGCCAGGUAAGGGUAUAGUUGUAAAUUAAACUUUUACAAGUGCGCUUUAACUUUAUAAUGAAUGGGCCAACUGCAUAUAGUGGAAGUCCCCCCCAAAAUCAUGUUCACCCCUGAAAAAAGCAAACAAUUGUAUUUUAGGGUCACACAAUCUUUUAUUCUUGCCUAAGGUAUUAAGGAGUUACUCUUAGCAUAAUUUUGUCUCCACCAUUCAUGUUGUUUAAUUGUGUGAUGCACUACAUGAAAAGUAAAUUAGAUAUCGAACCCGUAUUGUUUCCUUUAAAUAGCCCAAGACCUUUUUUAAAACUCAGUUAUAUUGAAAAUGGCAGCAGACGCUGGUUGUGAGUGUAUAGAAACACAGAAUGUGACAGAAAAGAACUAUUUGGCCCAUCUAGUCUGCCUAUUCAUUACAGGAAAAAAAAUUGUGAAAAAAAACAACAUAAUGCAAGGUAUUAGCGACACUGUGCAGUGUGUGGCCCAUAAUAUCAGGCUAGCAUCGGAACAUACUUAUUCAACUUUAUUAUUUCAAAUUCCAUAACUAAAUGUUUUGUGUACAUUUAUGACCUACUGAAUCUUAAAUUGUCUGUCCUCAUCCGCAGAUCCUAAUAGCUUUACUUUCGUUUACAUUUUAAAACAUGCAAAAUGGUAGUUUCUCCUUUAUGAGAUAAAUGGGAUUUGUAGGUCCUAAUUUCCCAUUGUUUACCGGGAACGAUGUCAGCUAUUAGUUCAAGUGAACAGGUGAGGGGAAAUGUACAUGUUUACACCAGGUAGUGUAUAGUUCUCAAGUUGAUUUACCAGUUUUGGCCCAUCAGCUGUUAUUGCACUACAUAUCCCAGAAUUCUGUGCCAGCCAGUCUUACAAAAUUUCUCAAAACAACAGCUGCAGGGACAGAGUCGGAUGUCAUUGUCCUAUGAAGUUUGUUGUAGAUUUCUACUGAUUAGCAAUACUAAGAGUUUUCAGAGAACUAAUCAAUUUUGAUGCAAAUGUUACUAUCUAUUUAACUUGUUAUUUUUGUGGUCAUCCAUAGAGAGAUAUGUUUGAAUCUAAGAUUCUAACGAAGCUUUACUAAUUAACAUGGUAUAUUAGGAAGGUGGUGAUAAAAUGUUUGGGACUUAGAAUCAAAGCAGUUAAGAAAACACCACACAUUACCUGGGUACAAUAGGUGUAGUUUAAAAGUACACUCUCUGUUUAUUAAAGGACAUAAUACAUGACCAUUAUAAAAACCAAUCGCAAUUAUUAAUGCAGUGCCAACAUAUUACAUAGCGCAGUACAAUAGGUAAAACAAGACAAACAAUUUAUUCUAACAAAACAUGUUUGACAUACGGGGACAGUAGGGGAAGAUUCCCAUGCCCAAAUGAGGUUACAAUCUAAAAAUGCAGACAUUUUAAUCAAAACCUUGAUAAAUAGCAAACCAGAAAAUGCUUACUUUUAUUGUAUUGAUAAAAGAGUAGGAUUUAUUAUGAGAUUUAUCGGAGAAGAAAUACAGAAGAUUAAUGGAUAGCUUUACUGGAGCAGAAAUGUAAUUAAAGUGUAUGACUGGAAAUGUAAAGACUUCAGUAUAAUGUCUUACGACUUUACGUUUGUAUAAUUGAAUGAUGGAGAUUUUUUUUUUUUAGUUCUUUUACUUUCGGAUGAUGGGUUGUUAUAUUGACUUUUUGUUACAUAUGUUUCACCAUGUCAAACAGCUGAUGGUGUAGGUUUUAAUUUCUUUUAAUUUUUAAAAUUACCUUUCAUCCUUAUUAAGUGAUUGAAAAACCAAUAGUGUUAAUUAAACAGAUGGUAUGGCUGCUUUAUUACUAGAUACUUAAUACUUUUGGGCAAGGGUCAGGGGGCAGGGAGUUGACCCCAGGGUUACUAGCAUAGAGCUCAGUACAAUACCGUGCUAACAUAUUAUGUAACUGUAUCAUAUCAUUAUUAUUUUAUACUAGUUCCUUCAGUAUUAGUAUAAAAUAAAAGAAAAAAUUAAAUAAAUAAAAAAAUAACAAAGAGAGUUGAAUUUACUGAUCUGGUGUCAAAUUGUGCUAUUUAUUUGCAUUUGCCCUCCACCCAAGCCAAAUGUAGCCAAUCCUCCCAUGACAGCUACCUUUACACAGAGAAAGACAGUUUACGAACAAACAAAAGAAAAAACAAAAUUGGUUUUAACCUUUGACAAUAUUUGCAGUCUAUUACAUGCAACCUGUUAUAAUUAGCUGGGAGAAAAAUCUCUAUAAGUGCAAACAGUUCACUGUCGUCGUGAACUAGAAGAAAACUAGGAACCCCUAGGGGAACCAGUAAAGUGUGUGUCAGGGGCAACCAAAGCAGGGGGUAACCCUCACAUAACUUGUGUAGAAAAAGAAAAAAUGGAGACCCACAGGGUCAAAGUAGGAAGCCCCUCAAUUAAACUCCAUAUACAUUUAAUAGUAAUAAUAAAAUACUCAUAAACAAAGAAAUAAUCAAAAAGGGAGACUAGAUAGGUAAAUGAAGGAAAUACUGAUAUCUCCUAUUGGAUAAGUGGAUAAAGAAAAUACUGAUAUCUCCUAUUGGGAAUAUACUCUAAUUAUAUACUCUAAUUGUAGAAUCACUAGAGGGAAUCUAAUCUACAAGAAGAAGAGAAAAAAUCCCAGUGCAGUACUCCUGUAAUAGUUAUAUGUAAAUAUCUAUCAUGGCAUCUGUAAAGUAAAUAUAUAGUUGCCCCCACAUUGUGAACUAACAGAGUUUUUCACCAAAGUGAGAAUUAUUGGGAUUUCUGGGUGGAUUUCAAAUUUAAGACCAAAAUUGCUGGACUGGAAAAAUGUUCAUUCUCACUUUAGUGAAUUAUCCUGUAUGGGCUGAUCUAACCCAUGGCAAUGAUCUGGUGCAAUAAACUUGUUAAAUAAAACUACAGUUUUUGGGGGUACCAGUAAAAGUUAAAAGUUAGACCACUGGGUGUCUGCUAAUACCCAAAGUCAUGCAAAAGGAAUGGGUGAAUAAAAGUGUGUAAUGGUUCAGUGUAAGAGGGAAUUGGAUACUAAUUCAGAUGGCACGGUACCUACUACUGCAGUUAUGCUGAUAGCAUUGGGAUGUAUUGUGGAGGAUACGAGUCUGCUGACCAAUGUUGCUCUUAAUAGUUUAUCAGAAGCCCUUGCGGCGUUGCUCUCAUUACUUGGAUGUAGCUACUGACUCCUCGACCUUGCAUGGCCGGUUAUAAUUAAUAUACCUGGAGACCUGUGCGUCUCAUUAUGUAAACAAAGAUUUGGGAAAAAAAAGAUAGGUGUCCGAUAUAUCCCCUCUUGUCAAGAUGUGGGGAGUAAAGGACUCCCAGGUUCUCCCCUACCAUAUACAUAUUAGUUGGGGUCCUGUGAAUAAAAGGUUGCCCAGUAUCCCAUCCUGUGUAUGGUAGAUGAGAGGUAACUAUAUUGGUUGAAAGCCAGGACAAUGCGCUGUAUACCUGUUGUAAUCAAGGUCGGUGAGUAAUAAGAUUGAGGAUAGAUAGGCCCCAAGUCACGUUUCAUAUAACAAUGUGGCAGCAAUAUACUGGUGUCAUAUACGUCCAUUAUGGCCACUUUGUAAUGUAAGGACUACACUGGAUGCCCGUCCCUCUGCUAGCUCAAAUGUGUGAAAAUACACAGGGUUUUCCCAACCUCAUUAUCAUCAAUAAAAUAAAUUCAAUCUCUUGGUCAAAAGUACAAUUAGUAUUUAACUAGAUACCCCUUACCUCUAACUAGAAUGUGGAAGGUGAUGGACGUCUUCCAUAACGUUAAUAAAAUCCUUCUAAAGUCUCUCCCCCUUCUUGACCAGAUACAAUGUUACCUAUCCCUUCCUCCCAAGUCUUUGAUCUUGUUAAACCUCCCCCCUCAGGCUAUUAUAGUCAUGUCUAUAAUAUAUCUUCCACCCUAACUAUUACCCCUCCCCUGCCCUUUUCUCUCACACUUACUGCUGAGGUUGAGCCAGGGGAAAGUGAAGGGACUUGUGAAGCAGUUCUGCCCAGCGAGCAGAAGCAUUGUUAGAAUUUAACAUAAUAAGUCAUGUGCAGCAAACUCCUAGACUGAAAGUAUAAUUACACAGUCCUGAUUUAAUUACUUUACCAUGGCCUCAAUUUAAUAUUUUUGGAUAUGUUUUUCAAAUAAUUUAAUAUUUUGGCAUAUACGUUAAAAAAUAUUGAAUAUCAUAACAAAUAUUUAAAAUUUAUUUAAUAUUUAGAUUUUAAAAAUAAAUAAAUUUAUAUGUCUUUAUAGACAAUAUUUUUUGACAUUUUAAUAUCCAAAAUAAUACAUUAUUUGAAAAAUAUUACAUUGAGGUCUAGGAGUCAGAACUGCGGGGAAUGAACAGAUCUGGACAAAAACUAGCCGAAAGGCACCAAUGAGGACACACAUUUUUUUUUUUUUUUUUUUAACAUGACUUUCCUUUAUAGACCAUCUUAUGAUGCUGGCCUAUUUAUUGUAGAAUUAGACAUAAAUAUUAUAAAACAAAAAGUAACUAGAAAGAUAGAAACAAUAAAUGUGAUGGCAGAUAAGAACCAUUCGGCCCAUCUAGUCUGCCCAAAUGUUUUAAAUACUUUCAUAUAACUAUAAUGACAACAAAAAAUGAAUAAAACAUGAUUAUGCUGUCAUAUAUCUAUGACUGUAGCCUAGAUUGUGUGUGGUGAACUAUAUAGGAAUAUUUCAGUUUAUAUAGUAGAUUGUAUGUUCGACCUAAAUUUGUCAUGGGUGUAUAGUCACCUAUGCAUAGUUAGGUGUCCUGGAUUAUACUUUACAUAAUGUUUAUUUUCGACAACAAAUGUGCACAUAUACCCUGCAAUUUGUGGAAUAUUUCUAAAUUUAGUGAAACUGCACUAGACCUGUACAAUGACAGCCAUGGGUUAGGAGUUCAGAUUUAGGGUCGUUGUGUUCCGGCUAUGCUACAGUGAUAUUUCACAAAUUAUAAAUAGAUAACUCUUUUGUAAUACACAGGUACAAUUUAAAUGCAUGUGUUCAGUUGUAUUAUGAGAACAAUGGUCUACGAAGUGUCGCAGACCAUUUAUCUCUGUCCUAUAUUCUUUCUGUUCAGAAAUCGUGGACCCAUGAAAGUAUUUGAGUAAUGACAGCAACAAUAUUUGAUCUUCUUAUUUGACAAUGCAAGUCCAGACAUGCAAAGGUUUAUCAGUAAUACGAGGUCUAUGUGUUUAUUCCCGUGGACUUUUUAUUACUGAUGAAAAUUAGGCUUGAAUUACGUAAAAGCUUUAGAACAUGAGAUUUUGUUAAUUUGACUCACAAAUUAUAGUUCUAAGCCUUAUUCAAUUCAAGUGCUAACCCUUAGAUAAUGCUCUUUUCUAGAUCAGGAGACUUUUAUAAACUUAAUUUCAUAGUGUGAUGAAAGUAACCUCGUCACUGGCUUUUGGAGGGGCCUGUUUGCCAGCCUCCUACCCUGUGAUUAUGGCCCUGUGACGAACUGAAUCUCGUCACAGGUUCUUGGAGGGGCCUGCUGGCCAGCCUCUUGCCUCAGGACUAUGGCCCCUGCAAUAUACCUUGUCCAAUGCACUUUAAAAGGCUCUGUUCAUGUGAAGUAUGUAAUUUUGUACUCCAGAUAGAGAUACCGACCAUUAGCCCUAAUUCUCUGGAACUGUUUUGGGCAUGGGACUGUAGUAGAUUAUUUUCUGCAAACCAAUUAGUUUGAAUGACUAUCUGUUCCUGUCCAAAUUAAAGAUAAUAAAGUUGCGUGCACGCAGAAGUAAAUUCACACUGAAACACAGAGUUCAGGUUAAUGAAAGAACUUCGGAAAAGUUUAAUGGCUUCUAACAGAAAAUGGGUGCGCAGACCCUUAUAAAGGCAUUUUUACAUCACUGAAGAAUUCAAGAUAACAGCAAAUAAACUUUAAUAAUUGGUCCAGGUGUUAAGUGGUUAGUUAGAUACCCUCCCAUCAAGAGGUGAUGUCAUCCUUGACACGGGGGUGGACACAAGAUGUAGGCGCCAUCUUGUUAGCACGAGGUGUUCACUCAAUGGGAGGGGUGCUUUGGCAGCCAUUUUGAGUAGUUAGUAUUGUUAGUUUCAAGGUUCUUUUAGUAAAUACACAUUUUAUUAUUCAGCACAUUUCUUCCUGCCAAAGCAUUAGCUUAGAUAAUUUCAAGAAUUCUAUAAUUCUACAACAGGACCAUGUAUAGGUCAAAAAUAAGACUUACAGGAAAUUCCUGAACCCCUGAACUGAUCUGGGUGAUUUUUUGAUAUGUUGGUCACCCAGAUCAGGGCUAUCAGUGGAUGUGACAUUUUGGGGUUUUAUGUAUUUUUAGGGUACUUUUGGGGUGUUUUAAAAAAGUAUGUUUUUUCUGUGCUUGAAGAUAAUUGGAUUAGAAUUAGUACAGUUACUGAUCCAAUUAUCUCCCAAACAGAGGGGAGAGUCGUGCAUUUUAACUCUGUUGUUAUUUGUUUAUAAGUUUGUGUCACAGUCCCCAACAAGGUUCAUGUGGGUGUCACCCAUGCAUGGGGACUUGCAUAAAAGGCCAGUAUGGCUACCAUUAAAACAGAAUGCUUUACUCCUUCAUGAAAUCUUGGCUCAUGUGUGGGGGAUUGGAGAACUAGGAGAGGUCUACCCACUGGAAGCUGGAUCCUGGUCUUGGAUCAGUGAGGGUGGAAGACGGCGAGACCAUAACCACUGUAAACCCUCAGUUCGUGGGGUUUACGGUGGUUAUGGUGUUCCGGUGCAGUGCUUAUGGUACUGAAAGAUUACUAGGAAGCAGCGAUUGACGGUGGUACCUGGUCGGGGUGCAAGGCGGUCCGUCACACAUAGUUACUAAAAUGGAUCCAGAGUCCUUUAAUGGUAAUAUUUCCCACAAUAUAACCUUCACAUUUAUUUAUCAAGAUUACCAGUUGGAUUACCAAUAUUUUUAAAUAUAGGAUAUUAAAUAUAUUUAACAUAACAUCAAGAUGUAGCUAAUGAUUAAUAGGCACCAUUGAGAGGAAACAAUUGGGGUUUGGUACACUCAUUGAUAUAAGGAUUGGGCAUUGGACAUUUGUUGUAAGUGUAUAUUUAGUGCUAGGGUGCAUAACCCAUGGGUCAACGGAGGAGGGAUAUUCAUUAAAGGAACACUAUUGUGACAGGAACACAAAUGUGUAUUCCUGACACUAUAAUGUUAAAAACACUCUUCAGAUUCUUUGCCCUACUUACCUCCCAUUGAAAAGGUAUUUUAUGCCUCCAUGGCUAAGAUCAUUAAAUUUGAUGAUCACAGCUAAUCCAUUGAGAGGCUACAGCAUCUCCUCAUAGAGAUGUAUUGAAUCAAUGCAGCUCCAUUGGGAGUGCUCUGUGUCUCCAUGCAGAGUGAUGUUCAGCACUAGACUAGGAGCACCUCUAGUGGUCAUCUGAGUGACUGAUUGACUAGGUUGUAAUGUAAAUACUGUGAUAAAACACACAAGUAAUGUUCUCUGAAAUGACAUUGUUUGUAAUAAAAAGCAUGCAGGAAUGGGCUGUAGAUAGCAGAACAACUACAUUAAGAAGCUGUAUGUGUUGGUCCCUUUAACUAUGUGACCCUAUAUCUUGCAUAGACAGUGAUGGAUAGACCAGUAUGAUAGACCAUGUGCUAAUUCUCCCCAGACUAGUUAGUGGCUUUAUCAACACAACCCAUAUGAUGGAAGACAGAGAGUGGAUUGGGUCUCCCAACUCGGUUAUAACGGUUUAUACUCUAUUUCACAUGGGUGAAGGGAUAGGACUCACUUAUUUGGUAUUUGUUUGUCUAGAGCAGGUGUAGGCAAGCUUUGGCACCCCAAAUGUUAUGGACUACAUCUCCCAUAAUGCUACUACAGCAUUUUGGCUGUAGGAGCAUUAUGGGAGAUGGAGUAAACAUCUGGAGUGCUGAAAGUUGUCCACCCCUGGUUAGAGUCACCACAGUUACCAAAUAAUGUUCCGUUCCCCACUGUAAUGGGAUGAUUCAAUAGGAAGUCCGAUGCACUGUAAUUGGAUGUAUGAUAUAUUUACCCAUAAUUCUUUGCUUAGCAGGAGUUCUGCUUGAUAAAGGCUCCUGUCUGAGCAGAAACUUUGGAAUUCUAAAAUAAAUAUGCCUUGGAGUUCAUUACUGGCUUUGUGCACAGUCCCUCCUACUGUUGUAGCAGGACUUCUAGGGCCCACAGCUGUUUUACCACCAUUACCGAGUGAUCCGAUCCUGGUACUCCACUCAUUUUUUAAAUAUUAUUUUUAAUAUUGUGUAUACCACGUUGAUGUUCAGUGUAUCAAAUUACCAGAAUUUCCCCUGGAUUCAUCUCACUUGGUAAAUUACAGGACAAUUUGUCUACAAUUCAGUUCAGCCAAAAUGCUUAUUUCUCAGCAGAACGACCUGAGUAUGUAAAUUCACAGUUAUCCUGCCAAUGGAAUUUUGUGUAUUGCUAAAGUGGAUUUUUAAAAUUUUUAAUCUAAUCUGGAUAUUGUACAAACAUGUAGCAAUUGAGCUGCCAAAUGUUGCUACAGCAAGUAACAAUUUAAGGGAAUACUCUAGACAGAUAAAUCACUUCAAAGAAUUGCAAGAAAGGGUCAGUGCUGAAUAAAGUUACAAAAUAAAAAUUGAUUAUGGGCAGCACACUUUGAGAUAGAAAGGGGUUCCCUCCUAAAACUCCAACGUAAACAGCAAGAAAGGAGAAGGAGAAUAAGGUUGCGCCCAAAACAUAAGAAAAUAUGAAAAUUUUAUGAUAAUGUGUUUGAAAUAAAUUGUCCAGUGAAUAUGUAAAAUACAAAUAAAAAUGCUAAAAAAGUCUUAGAAAAGUCUUUAAAAGGAACAGCCAAUCUUGAUAUAAUAGGAGCGUUCUUGAGGGAUUUUCUUCUCGUUCCAGAGGUGUAUGGAAGACACAAUAUUUAAAAACAGGGGAACUCCAAUGGUGUUGUAAGUAAUACAAAAAAUAAAUAUAAAAGUAGAUGGGAUAUAUACUACUCACAUUUACCAGAGCUUAAUCCAGCUCUGGUGUGUAUCGCGUGAAGCGAAAUGAUCCUCACUUCUAGGAUAUAGGUGGUUUAUAAUAUUCCCAGGUAAUUCCAGUGAUGAUAUUUCCGAAACCAGAAAAAUAAAAAUGGCAAAAAUAGUGCUCUCUGUAGCCAAAUAGUAUUAAAAUAUUAAAAAAAUUGAGGAAAUGUACUCACAUUUUUCUGAGCAGACUCACUGCUCGAUGAGUAGGGCGCUGGUGGUAUAUUCCCCACCUAGGAUUCUUUUUGUCCUUGCUUGAAAAAGUCGAGUCAGGAUGCCAGGAUUUAAAAGAUAUUAAAACAAAUAUCCUUCAGCUUACUGAAAGGCUUUAUGUGUAAACUUUCUGUACCCUUUCUCCUAUCUUAUAAAAGACAUUAGCAUUUUUAUAAAUCUCCCUACAGUUUUCUUAAUCAUUUACUCGAAACUAAAGGCUACUUAUAGAGAAGCAAUGAAUUCAUUGCUUCUUGAGGGGAUAUUGUGUGUUGGUGUGUGGGGACUGAAGUAAAUAUAUAUUAAAGAGGAACACAACUUUUUAAUUUACUACAACUGUGACAGAGUUGGUUCGUAUUCAAUUUGCUAAUUGACUCUGUUUUUAUUGAUACUGGAGGAAUCUGGCAAAGAAGUCCAUGCCAAAGUCAAUCUUUCCAUUUUUGGUUGAGUAUCCCAUUCUUGUAGGAAAAGGUUAGACCACUGCAGAUGAAGAAUGAGUAUCCACUUCUGUCUGACUCUGGAUAUCCUAGUCCUCAGUCAACUAAAAAAAAUGGUAUAUACCCAGGUGUAGUACUCCUUAAACAUUUGAUGUUAGAAACAUAGAAACAUAGAAUGUGACGGCAGAUAAGAACCAUUCGGCCCAUCUAAUCUGCCCAAUUUUCUAAAUACUUUCAUUAGUCCCUAGUCUUAUCUUAUAGUUAGGAUAGCCUUAUGCCUAUCCCACGCAUGCUUAAACUCCUUUACUGUGUUAACCUCUACCACUUCAGCUGGAAGGCUAUUCCAUGCAUCCACUACCCUCUCAGUAAAGUAAUACUUCCUGAUAUUAUUUUUAAACCUUUGUCCCUCUAAUUUAAGACUAUGUCCUCUUGUUGUGGUAGUUUUUCUUCUUUUAAAUAUAGUCUCCUCCUUUACUGUGUUGAUUCCCUUUAUAUAUUUAAAUGUUUCUAUCAUAUCCCCCCUGUCUCGUCUUUCCUCCAAGCUAUACAUGUUAAGAUCCUUUAACCUUUCCUGGUAAGUUUUAUCCUGCAAUCCAUAAACCAGUUUAGUAGCCCUUCUCUGAACCCUCUCUAAGGUAUCAAUAUCCUUCUGAAGAUACGGUCUCCAAUACUGUGUACAUUUGACACAUCAGUCCUUAAUAUGUAGGUUCUCCACACUGGAAUUUCCAAUAUGUUCCAAGUUAUAAAUAAACAUUUAUCAGAAGUGACUCUGGGAUUACCUAUUGCUAGAAUUAAUUGGCUCCUCAGGGUCAAAAGCUUUUAUUGCAAAACAUUUUACACACCUGACUUACAUCAAUAUAGCUUUCAAAUCCCUGGAAAAAGUGUGAAGCAGGAGAGACAUGCUAUACCCAAACCACACUAUGACUGGGCUUGGAUAAUGGAACAAACCUGUCAAACAUAUGUAAACUGUUCAUAGAGGGAACAAUAUGUUAUACGUCUGAUAGUUCUAAUUAAAAACUAUUUCAAGUUGCUCUGUUACCCUUGUAUUUUGCAAAGACCCCUGGCUACAUCGCCGCUUGCAUUACGGUGAUGACGGGGUGUAGGGGAAAGUAGUUUUUACUUACCUUAACCUGUCCCUCACGGGCACAGCAAUCUUCUUCAAGGUCCUCUUCAGCUACUGGAGGUUCAUCUGCCAGAAGCCCACGUCAACACUGUACUCUUGCCAACGUCAACACUGUACUCUUGCCCAUGUGCAUUUAGUACCACAUUGAUGUCUAUGGAGGAUCCUAGAGGACCAGAGGUUCUGAUAAAGUAAAUUAUGUUCUUUCAUGAAACACAUUGGGUUAUUGUGUGGAUAUGGUUGAUCCUCCUUCUGUGACAAGUAGCUGGAAUGCCCUGGACUGUCUGGGCUACCCUUGGAAUGCAUGCCCUCACAUUUUCCUGUGGGAGAUCUGGUGGUUUAGUCGAGAGCCAGUCCUCGAAGGGAACAUGAUGUCAUCUUCACUAGUGGUUUUUCAGAUCGGGUUCCUUUGCUCGAGAACCGAGAGGGAGUUUGUAUCUCCUGAAAAACAUUUCCACCAGCUCCAUGUUCUAUAGUAUUCACUAUGGGCUUUUUUUUUUUCUUUUUUUAAACCCUGUGCACUCACCUGGAAAUAUUAAUAAGUGAACCAGCAACUUCUAUUUAUGGACUUUUUAAGACUGUUGUUGAUUAAUUGUAUACAUUUUAUAUCACCCAGUUUUAAUACAAUUUGUUUAUUUGAUUAUUUCUUUGUGAUCAUUAGCCUUUCUAUCAGCCCCAGGUUAUUUCUCCAUUUCACAUUACGUACAUUAGAAGCUAUUUUGUUAGUUAUAUUUGGGUGCAUUAUAUGGUUUACUACUUACCUGUGUGAGUAAAGGAGGAGACUAUAUUUAAGAGAAGAAAAACUACCACAACAAGAGGACAUAGUCUUAAAUUAGAGGGACAAAGGUUUAAAAAUAAUAUCAGGAAGUAUUACUUUACUGAGAGGGUAGUGGAUGCAUGGAAUAACCUUCCAGCUGAAGUUGUAGAGGUUAACACAGUAAAGGAGUUUAAGCAUGCGUGGGAUAGGCAUAAGGCUAUCCUAGACUUAAGAUAAGGCCAGGGACUAAUUAAAAGUAUUUAGAAAAUUGGGCAGACUAGAUGGGCCGAAUGGUUCUUAUCUGCCGUCACAUUCUAUGUUUCUAUGAGUGACAGUUAGACGAUAUUACCCCCUCCCCUUUUUUAGUUUUCUUUUUGUUAGUUGUAUACGCAUUCAGGUCUGAUACAUUUUAUUAAGCAAGAGACAAACUAAAUACUGCAUAUGCUUAAAAUUGACACAUAUAGCUCCAUAUUUUGACUUGAGUGCAUUAAAUAUUUUUCCUGGAAUGCAUGUUGGUACUCCAACCAUCUGUAACAAUUAAGCUUAGAAUGAUGCUUUUUUCUGGAACAGUGCCCUGUCUUUCAAAAAUUUAAAUAGAUACAACAUAUGCAUUUUAAUGUGCUAAAAGUCUGUGUAAGCCCAAAGAGAUAUAUUAGCUAACAUUUGUUACGGUCUUUUGAACUUCUCAGUCACUUUGUCCAUCGAGGGUGUUUUCCACCACCAAGAUUAAUAAAAGCUUUUACUUAGUGUAAUCGAUAACAGUGUCAUUUCCAAAAAGCUACUUAUUUUCUUUUACUCAUUAUAAUGAAUGCUAAUACAGUUGACAAUGAAUGCUUGUCUAUGAGAAUAUCUGGACUGAAUGUCUUUCAGCUCAUUAAAGUGGUCUGGGCGCAAUGUCCCAUCAUCCUUAACCCUGAGCAUGUAAUUAUUGCAGUUUUUAUAAACUGCAAUAAUUACCUGCUUGGGUUAACUCCUCAUCUAGUGGCUGUCUACCAGACAGUCACUAGAGGGACUUCUGGGCGUGAAGGUGACUUUUGCCUAAAUGCAUGAGGACUUCCAGCGUCACCGUAUUCCCCAUAGGAAAGCAUCGAAUAAUGCUUUCCUAUGGGGAAAUCCUAAUGCGAGCGCGGCCAUUGCAUGUGCGUUAGGUCUCACCCCGGCUGACAUCAGCAGGGAUGGAGCCUUGCCGGAGCCAAGGGACAUAAACGCUGGAUCCUGGUAAAUGACGGAAGGGGUUAUUAACCCCUUCUGCACCACAGGAGGAGGGGGGUGGGGUGGGGUGAGGUUGACAGAGGGGGAAGCUAUAGUGCCAGGAAACAGAGUUUGUUUUCCUGGCACUAUAGUUUCCCUUUAAAUUCUGCUUUUGGAACAAGGAAAAAAUAAGCCCCAAUUAAAACCCCAUUAUGUUUAAAAAUGUGCUUGCAAAUGUUCUAGGUUAUACUAGGCAAAUGAUUUCUGUUCACACAAAAGUGAUUCAGCAGUGUUUCAAUUAAUAUUAGUUGUGUUUGAUUGUCUUUGAGGGCUGCAUGUCAUAUUAUGGCUGUGAAAGUCAAAGGCUACUAGCAUAUGGUGACUGGCUGUCAAUUAUCACUGUUUAGUGCAUGGGUCGUCAACCUGGUCCCUACUGCCCACUAGUGGGCGUUUCAGGAUUCCAGGUGGGCAGUAGGGAUUUCGGAGGCUAAAUCCUCUUUUUAAGAGGAUUUCUCCUUUGGGCGGGCGCGACCGGCUCUGCGGGCGCAUGUUUUCAGUGACCGGCAGAAGGAAGUUCUCCCUCCUGCCAGGCCACCUUCUGGACCCCCCGGCAUGGCAGAGUUCUAAUCAGACGUGGCGAGGGAGCUCUAACCUCUCUGCUUUGCUCCCUUGCGCGAUGUUUGCUGAUGCUGCGGGAUCAGUAGACAACCCGAGAGGGAGCAGAGCAGAGAGGUUAGAGCUCCCUCGCCGCGUCUGAUUACCACACAGCCGUCCGCCGAAGUGAAGCCACACUGGAUCCCAGGGACAGAUCCACACCAGCUCUCCAGGUAGGGAGGCUGGGUGGACAUUUAAUAUUAAUAAUUUGUGUGUAUAUGUGUGUGCCUGUAAGUAUAUGUGUGUAUGUGUGUGUGUGUGUGUGUCUGUCUGUAAGUAUAUGUGUGUGUGUCUGUAAGUAUAUGUGUGUGUGUCUGUAAGUGUGUGUUUGUGUCUGUAAGUAUGUGUGUGUGUCUGUAUGUGUGUGUGCGUCUGUGUGUCUGUUAGUGUAUGUGUGUAUGUCUGUGUAUGUGUGAGUGUCUGUAAGUGCAUGUGUGAGUAUGUGUAUGUUUGUGUGUAUGUGUUUCUAUGUGAGUGUGUGUGUGUCUGUAAGUGUAUGUGUGAGUGUUUGUGAGUGUGUGUGUGUGUGUCUGUAAAUGUAUGUGUGUGUGUGUGAGCAGAGUACUUGUAGAAUAGAAGAAAGAAGGAGCAGAGUAUUUGUAAAAAAGGAGAAAGAAAGAAAAGGAAAAGGAGAGAAUUAUUGUUGACUAAUACUAGUAAGGGGGCUACCUAGCUCAGCCUGCCUACGGGGCAUUGCCAUAAGGAAGGUUAAGAAAGAUGCAUUAGUGGGCGGUAAGUAGAAAAAAGUUGACUACCACUGGUUUAGUGGAUGAAGCCAGGGCCGGACUGGGACAAAAAUUCAGCCCGGGCAUUUAAAGGCAGAGCAGCCCUUGGAGGGGCGUGGCUCAAGAGGAUGCAUGUGGUGUCAUCACAAAUGACAUUCAUGCCUCUCCAAAGUGGGCACAUUUGUUUAAUACCCCUCAGGAUAGCAUGGGGCUGAUAGGCAAUGUGUGUGUGUGAGGGGGAGACUAUAGGGGAUGUUGUGAGGGCGGAAUAAGAGAUCUAGAGUGUGGAAGGGGGAAAUGGGGCUGCAGUGUGAGAGAAUGGACAUGGGGCUGCAUGGUGUGAGAGGGGACAUGGGGCUGCAGGGUGUGAGACGGGGACAUGGGGAUGUUGUGUGUGAGGGGGCAGGGGCUGCAGGGUGAGUGGGGGACAUUGGACUGCUGGGUGAGUGUGGGGACAGUGGCUGCUGGGUGGGAGGUGGAGACAGUGGCUGCGGGUGGGGGGGCAUGGGCUGCUGGGUGAGAGGUGGAGACAGGACAUACAGGAAAUGAGAGAGGCUGCUGAGUGAGAGUAACGGCAGGGUGUGAGAUGGGACAUGGGACUGCUGGGUGAGUGAGGGAGACAGGGGCUGCAGUGUAUGGGGACAUGGGGCUGCAAGGUGAGCGGAGAAGAGGGGGGUCCUGGUGGGAGUGCUGGGUGGCAGGACAGAAGCUUUUGGGUUAGAGGGGGAAAUAGAGGAUGCAGGGUAUGAGAGGGGAAGACAAGGGAUGCUGGAUAUGAGGGGGGACAUGGGUGAGAGGGGAAGACAGGGGUGCUGGGUGGGGGGACAGGGGCUGCUUGGUGGGAGGGGAAGAUAGGGGAUGCUGGGUAAUAGGGGGAGACAGACUGUACGAAUGAGAGGGGCAGGGGCUGCAGGGUACGAGGGCGGCAAGGGAUGCUGGGUGAGAGGGCAAUACAGGUAGUCCUCUGUGAGAGGGGGAGAAAGGGGCUGCAGGGUAAGACGGGGCAGGGGUUGCAGGGUAAUAGGGGGACAGGGGCUACAGAGUGAGAGGGGACAGGGGCUGCAGAGUGAGAGGGGCAGGGGCUGCAGGGUAAGAGGGGGGAAGGGAAUGCAGGGUGACAGGGUCUGCAGGGUGAGAGGGGGACAGGGGAUGCAGGGUGAGAGAAGAAUACAGGGGCUGCAGGGUGUGAGUGGGGACAUGGGGCUUCUGGGUGAGAGGUGGGGACAGGGCAUACAGGGAAUGAGAGAGGCUGCUGGGUGAGAGUAAGGGCAGGGUGUGAGAUGGGACAUGGGACUGCUGGGUGAGAGAGGGAGACAGGGGCUGCAGUGUAUGGGGACAUGGGGCUGCAAGGUGAGAGGAGGGCAGGGGCUGCAAGGUGACAGGUGAAGACGGGGGUUCUGGUGGGAGGGCUGGGUGGCGGGACAUAACUAGGUUAGAGGGGGAAAUAGAGGACGCAGGGUAUGAGAGGGGGAGACAAGGGAUGCUGGAUAUGAGGGGGGACAUGGGGCUGCAAGCUGAGAGGGGAAGACAGGGGUGCUGGGUGGGGGGACAGGGGCUGCUGGGUGGGAGGGAAAGACAGGGGAUGCUGGGUAAUAGGGGCAAAAGAGGCUGGGUGAGAGGGCAAGACAGAUAGUCCUGUGUGAGAGGGGGAAAAAGGGGCUGCAGGGUAACAGGGGGCAGGGGCUGCAGGGUAUGAGGGGGGCAGGGGCUGCAGGGUGAGAGGGGGACAGGGGACGCAGGGUGAGAGGGGGACAGGGGCUGCAGGGUGAGAGAAGAAGACAGGGCUGCAGCGUGUGAGUGGGGACAUGGGGCUUCUGGGUGAGAGGUGGGGACAGGGCAUACAGGGAAUGAGAGAGGCUGCUGGGUGAGAGUAAGGGCAGGGUGUGAGAUGGGGCAUGGGGCUGCUGGGUGAGAGAGGGAGACAGGGGAUGCAGUGUAUGGGGACAUGGGGCUGCAAGGUGAGAGGUGAAGAGGGGGGUCCUGGUGGGAGUGCUGGGUGGCGGGACAGAACUAGGUUAGAGGGGAAAAUAGAAUGUGAAGAAAUUCCCCUAUUUUGCUUUAAAAUUACAAUUUGUAUUCCCUUCUUUCAUGUUAGCUUUCCCUAUGGCAUUCGGUAGGUAAAACUACCGAAUCGAGACCACCCCGUUGCCCAUUAUGAAUACUUUACCACCCUGCUUGCUGGGCAUGUUCGACAAAAGUUCUGCACGAACAGUAUGCACCGCCGCCAUUUCGGGACUUCCACGUCUUCACGGCCAUUUUAGCUCCCGAACAGCGGUGUUUGCCGUCGAGUGUCUGGAACUGAAAACGGACACUCAAAUAGGCGAACACCGCUGAAUCCUCCAUACCUUCGGUAAAACCCCAUUAAAACUACCGAAUGACCGGGCAUUCGGUAGAAAGACUCACUGACAGAUGGGGAGUCAAGCGACCAAGUCCUUAGGGUACAUCCAAACUUUGGGGAAAUUAUGUUCCGUUUUAAUUAUGUUAAAUGGUUAUCUGAGGGAGGAGAUGUACAGUAUGUAUAUUGUUAUGAUUGGUUGUACAGUUAAUUAUAUGGGAGGCUCCCUUGCAUGGGCAGAAUCCCAUAAAAAGAGAAUGCCUGUCAAUAAAUCUUUAGUUCAUCUUUGUACCCUUCUUCUGACUACGUAUGCUGUUUGGGAGUUUGUGAGUUUUACUGAGGGAAUUAUCCAGGGACACUAUUGGAAUUACACUGGGAUUCGUCUACCAUAACUACCGAACGGAGGGCUAUAUUCACUGGGCUCUGGCAGUUCGGGAGGAAACUACCGAUUGAGGUUUAAAUGUACUUGGUUUCCUUACAUAGAGGAUGCAGGGUAUGAGAGGGGGAAACAGAGGAUGCUGGGUAUGAGAGGGGGAAACAGAGGAUGCUGGGUAUGACAGGGGACACGGGGCUGCAAGCUGAGAGGGGAAGACAGGGGUGCUGGGUGGGGGGACAGGGGCUGCUGGGUGGGGGGACAGUGGCUGCUGGGUGGGAGGGGGAGACAGGGGAUGCAGAGUAUCAGAGGGGGAGACAGGGGAAGACAGUGGAUGCUGGGUGAUAGGGGGUACAGGGAAUGCUGGGUGAGAGGGGAAGACAAGUAGUCCUGGGUAAGGGGGGGCAGGGGCUUCAUGGUGAGAGGGGGGCAGAGGCUGCAGGGUAAGAGGGGGCAGGGGUUGCAGGGAAUUAGGGGGCAGGGGCUGCAGGGUUAGAGGUGGGCAGGGGCUGCAGGGUAAGAGGGUGACAGGGGAAACAGGGUGAGAGGGUCUGCAGGGUGAGAGGGGGACCUAUCCUGGGAUGCAGGGUGAGAGAAGAAUACAGGGGCUGCAGGGUGUGAGUGGGGACAUGGGGCUUCUGGGUGAGAGGUGGGGACAGGGCAUACAGGGAAUGAGAGAGGCUGCUGGGUGAGAGUAAGGGCAGGGUGUGAGAUGGGACAUGGGACUGCUGGGUGAGAGAGGGAGACAGGGGCUGCAGUGUACCUCCAUACCUUCGGUAAAACCCCAUUAAAACUACCGAAUGACCGGGCAUUCGGUAGAAAGACUCACUGACAGAUGGGGAGUCAAGCGACCAAGUCCUUAGGGUACAUCCAAACUUUGGGGAAAUUAUGUUCCGUUUUAAUUAUGUUAAAUGGUUAUCUGAGGGAGGAGAUGUACAGUAUGUAUAUUGUUAUGAUUGGUUGUACAGUUAAUUAUAUGGGAAGCUCCCUUGCAUGGGCAGAAUCCCAUAAAAAGAGAAUGCCUGUCAAUAAACCUUUAGUUCAUCUUUGUACCCUUCUUCUGACUACGUAUGCUGUUUGGGAGUUCGUGUGUUUUACUGAGGGAAUUAUCCAGGGACACUAUUGGAAUUACACUGGGAUUCGUCUACCAUAACUACCGAACGGAGGGCUAUAUUCACUGGGCUCUGGCAGUUCGGGAGGAAACUACCGAUUGAGGUUUAAAUGUACUUGGUUUCCUUACAUAGAGGAUGCAGGGUAUGAGAGGGGGAAACAGAGGAUGCUGGGUAUGAGAGGGGGAAACAGAGGAUGCUGGGUAUGACAGGGGACACGGGGCUGCAAGCUGAGAGGGGAAGACAGGGGUGCUGGGUGGGGGGACAGGGGCUGCUGGGUGGGGGGACAGUGGCUGCUGGGUGGGAGGGGGAGACAGGGGAUGCAGAGUAUCAGAGGGGGAGACAGGGGAAGACAGUGGAUGCUGGGUGAUAGGGGGUACAGGGAAUGCUGGGUGAGAGGGGAAGACAAGUAGUCCUGGGUAAGGGGGGGCAGGGGCUUCAUGGUGAGAGGGGGGCAGAGGCUGCAGGGUAAGAGGGGGCAGGGGUUGCAGGGAAUUAGGGGGCAGGGGCUGCAGGGUUAGAGGUGGGCAGGGGCUGCAGGGUAAGAGGGUGACAGGGGAAACAGGGUGAGAGGGUCUGCAGGGUGAGAGGGGGGCAGGGGCUGCAGGAGUAGAGGACAGGGGCUUCCAGGGUAAGAGGGACAGAGAUUUUUAGAGGUGAGAGGGGGCAGGGCUGCAGGAGUAGAGGGGCAGAGGGAUACAGGGUGAGAAGAGGGACAGAGGGGUCUGCACAGGGUGAGAGGCAGGGAAUGCAAGUGAGAGGACAGGGGCUUCAGAGUGUUAAGAGGGACCCAGGGAUGCAGGGUGAGAGGAGGGACAGGGUCUGCAGGGUGGGGAGGGGGCAGGGGCUGCAGGGUAAGAGGGGGGCAGGGGAUGCAGGGUGAGAGGGGGACAGGGUCUGCAGGGUGAGAGGGGGGCAGGGUCUGCAGGGUGAGAGGGGGACAGGGUCUGCAGGGUCUUCUGGGUAAAAGGGAAGCAUUGGCAGCAGGGUGUAAAAGAGGGAGGGUCAGGGACUGCUCGGUGAGGAAAGGGGACAUGGGGCAGAAGAAAAAAAAACUUACAUACUCCCCCAUCCCUCUUCCUUACCUUGAUCCUUGGCACGAGAGGAUGCUAGGGAGGAAUUAUUUCCCCUGGUGGUCCAGUGGAAGAAGCUUCUGGUCUACACCCCUUUACAGGUGUAGACCAUGUGCAUCAGUGUGCAGGCUGGUGAGAGAGAUCUUUGAUCUCCCCACUGCACAGAACUCCCUCAAUGGGCCUGAGGUCAGGUACCACCAGCCCUAAAGGGGCUGGCCGGGGAAAUCCUUUGAUCUCCCCUGUCAGCCUUGGCCUAUGGCCAUUGUGGCCCACCGGGCAUUUGCCCGGUUUGCCCGAUGGCCAGUCCGGUCUUGGAUGAAGGCCACAAUGCAGAACAGCGCUGAAAGUAGAUGAAUAUAUAAACCAGGUUUGCAGUACAAAAGAGGUCAAAUGGAGAGAGUAGUCAAAAAUACUAAAGGUCAGAACAGGCGGCACAGGUUCAAAGACGAAGAUUCAAGCAAGGGUCAAAAGCAGGAUACGGCAGAUAGUCUCUGAAGGUCUUUACACAAUCAGGAACACAGUAAAACUGAGUCAAGGGUGUGUGGGAUUUAAAUAGGGAGAGUGGGUGGCCUGCCUACUGUAGCUCCUCCCAGGUCUCCACCUCCUGUACCUUUAAAAAUCUCUGUUUCUCCCGAAGCUCUGCUUUCUGUGUGGCCGCAUGUGAGAAGCAGCGGCGGAGUUCACAUUAAUGUGAGUGGUCGGUCUGGGGGGUUGGGCAGACCGCGCUGUCUGGAGAGUCACGCUACGACACAGGGUCCUCUUGGAUUGAGAGAGACACACGGCAUGGGAGCGUGAGGUAGGAGAAUGUGGAAGCCAGGGCCUGGUACUGGCAUGUUGGUGAGAAGACUUGAAAUGCAGCAAAGGAAACGCUUUCUGUGGUCUUUAACCUACGUGCCUCUACACUUCAGGGGUAUUUAACAUAACACAUAAACACUGGGCCAGUAGAUUCAGAUAGGAAUUUACAAAGGAAUUACUUUAACCCCUUAAGGACACAUGACAUGUGUGACAUGUCAUGAUUCCCUUUUAUUCCAGAAGUUUGGUCCUUAAGGGGUUAAAGACACAUAUGCGAAAAUGUUAACACACAGGAACAACUGACAUUGGUAUAUUAAAGAGUGUUUCUGAAAGGAUAUUAUAAGUACACCGAUCUGUGGACAGUGGGUAUCCUGAGUAUUUUUGAUUUUGUUGCUGUGAAGUUGAUAAAAAUUGUAUCCCAAUAAGCAGGGGUAGGCAGCCUUCAGGACUCCAGAUUUUGUAGACUACAUCUCCAGUGUGUGUGUGUGUGACAGUGUGUCUUUCUGUAUGUAUAUGUGCAAAUGUGUCUCACAGUGUAUUCUGGCGUCUGUGUGAGUCUAUAUAUGUCUCUGCCAUUAUGUAUCUGGAUGUGCCUGAGUCUGGGUCUGUGUAUGGUGCGAAUAUCAAAUAUAUAAUAGCAAUCAUCUGUUCUUAAAAUUAGGUAAAUACAACCUCAAAUGAAAAACAACACAUUACAUAUUAUACCGUGUCAUGAUUUAUUUAACAAAAAUAAAGAUAAAAUGGAGAAUCCAUGUGUGAAAAACUAAAUACGCUGCUUCCAUUGGAAUUAAGAGACUAAGUAGCAGACAGGUGCUGCUAAUCAAAUGUCCUUGAUUAAUCGAUCAUAAGCAAGUGUAACCACCUCUAUAAAAGUCAAUGUUUUAGGAGUUUGCUGGUCUGGAACAUUCAGGUGUGUAUUAACACAAUGCCAAGAAGGAAAGUCAUCAGCAAUGAUCUUAGAGAAGCAAUUGUUGCUGCCUAUCAAAUUGGUAAUGGUUAUAAGGCCAUUUCCAAACAAUUUAAUAUCUAUCAUUCUACAGUGACAAAGACAGUUGCCAAUCUUCCCAGAAGUGGACAUCCUCAGUAAAUCUACCCUGAGGUUAGCAUUUCAGACUCUACAGGCCUCAGUUAACAUGUCAAAGGUGUGCCAGGUGAAAGCCUAUUUUCUCUAAAAAGCACAUGGCAGCAUCUUAAGAAGCCACAAUACGUCUGAAACAAUGUCCUUUGUACAGGUGAGACCUAAGUGGAGAGGUGUGGCCAUAAUACACAGCGCCACUUUGGUGAAAACCAAACUCAGCAUAUCAGCACAAGCACCUCACACCAACUGUCAAGCACAGGGGUGGAGGGAUGAUGGUUUGGGCUUGUUUUGCAGCUACAAGACAUGGGAUCCUUACAGCCAUUGAGGUGACUGCCCUCAAUGACUGCAACGUUCACAGUCACUGAGUAAACUCCUCUGUAUACCAAAAUAUUCUAGAGUGAAAUAUGAGGCCAUUUGUCUGACAGCUAAAGCGUGGCUGAAAUGGAGUCAUGCAACAGGACAGUGAUCCCAAACACACAAGCAAAUCUACAACAGAAUGGCUGAAAAAGAAAAGAAUCAAGGUGCUGCAAUGGUCCAGUCAAAGUCCAGACCUCAACCCAAUUGAAAUGCUAUGGUGAGGCCUUAAGAGAGCUGUGAUAAACAAAUGCCAGCAAACCUCAAUGAACUGAAGCAACAUUGUAAAGAAGAGUGGGCCAAAAUUCCUCCACAACAAUGUGAGAGACUGAUACAGUCAUACAAAAAAUGAUUACUCCAAGUUAUUGCUGUUAAAGGUGGUUCGCCAAGCUGUUGAGUCAGAAGGUGUACUUUUUUGCACAUGACUUCUCCAUUUUUCAUAUAUAUUUGUCAAAUAAAUCAUAACACUGUGUCAUGUGUUGUUGUUCACAAUUAUACAUGCAUGUAACAGUGUGUAUAUAUGUUAAAGCAGAGUUUGUAUAGCUGUAUAUUGUUUAGUGUUCUGUUUUGUAUGCUUAGAAUUAAACUGAGCAAUUUUAACAUCUAGCUUUUGUACUGCCUCAUUUUAUUUAAAUUUAACAGAAGCACAGAUAAAUAGUCUGCUUUAAAACAAAAAAUAAAAAUGACAAUUAAUAUUCUCAUUUGAUCAGUCAUUUUAAAUAAUUAUUAAAUUAAGGUAUUUCUAUGUUCUUUAAUUUAAACUAUUGGAUAAAAAGCCAUAACUUGUGUUAACCUUUUUUUCUUCUUUUUUUAAUUUUUAAUUUUUGUUGUGCAGGUAAGUACAUGUUAGCAUCAAACGCCACAGAAGCGCACACACACAUAUAUAUAUAUAUAUAUACAUACAGGAUAGACAGUGACUUGAGAAGUUGUAAAUUUUUUGUAAACAUAUAAACAAGCUUAACGUAACUGACGAGUCUAAAAUAUGAAAUUGAGUGUAUAUAUGAUAUAGGAAUAUAAUGCAGGAGGAUUUUGUAGUUUAGGCAGAUCUAUGGGACUGGGACAAGACCUCCACCGUUUGGCUGCCAUGGAACGACAGCUAGAGAUGGACUAUGUGGAACUACUAAACCAAUGUCAGCCACAGGGCAUGGACACAGAACAGGAAAACUGGCUGGGAGACCCAGACCUGCCAACCUACAGCUGGGAAAACGCAGCCGAGGUACCCCCUGCUUCACUACCAGCGGCAGAAGUAGGGGACCUCAUAGACUGGUCCUGGGAAGACCCACAGAUGGCAGGUGGAGAUGGGAUGGCGGUCUCUCUACCGGCCCUACAGGGAUGCUGGGCGGUCGGCCCAGAUCUCCAGCGGCAGUGUGUACCCCAGGGAGCAGAAGGUGCAGUCCUUCCUCCCCAGCGGCAGUGUGUACCCCAGGGAGCAGAAGGUGCAGUCCUUCCUCCCCAGCGGCAGUGUGUCCUGCAGGAAGCGGAGACAGUCGGUCUCGCUCCCCAGCAGCAGGGCAAUAUAUUAAAAGGGGAGACAGUUGGUCCCCCUCUCCAACAGCAGAGAGAGUGUCAGGGAGAGGAGCUUGUUAUCCCCUCUCCCCAGCGGCAGUGUGUACCCCAGGGAGCAGAAGGUGCCGUCCUUCCUCCCCAGCGGCAGUGUGUACCCCAGGGAGCUGAAGGUGCCGUCCUUCCUCCCCAGCGGCAGUGUGUCCUGCAGGAAGCGGAGACAGUCGGUCUCGCUCCCCAGCAGCAGGACAAUAUAUUAAAAGGGGAGACAGUUGGUCCCCCUCUCCAACAGCAGAGAGAGUGUCAGGGAGAGGAGCUUGUUAUCCCUUCUCCCCAGCGGCUGAAAGUAUGUAUGGGAGAGGAGCUUGUUACCCCCCCUCCCCAGCGGCAGUGUGUACCCCAGGAAGCAGAGACCGUCUGUCUCGCACCCCAGCCGCAGGACAAAAUAUUGAAAGGGGAGACAGUUGGUCCCCCUCUCCACCAGCAAAGAGAGUGUCAGGGAGAGGAGCAGGUUACCCCCUCUCCCCAGCGGCAGUCUACAGUUCAGAGAGAGGAGCUUGUUACACCCUCUCUCCAGCGGCAGCCUAACCCACCAAGGGGAGAUGUUAAGCCCCACAACUAUGCAGAUGGGACCGUAGUCUCUGCACUUGCAGCACCAGGGGUAGGGACGGUCGGUCCUGUCCCCCAGCCACAGAGCAGUGUAUCCAGAGGGGAGACAGUCGGUCUCCCCCUCCCACAACCAGGCUCCAACCAGGCUACUUCAGUGGUAGCGCUGGCACCCGGGCAGAGUACCGCUGGUCUCUGCCCACUCAGCAACCCACCAAGGCAGUCUACCAGCCCCCCGCACAGCUGUGGUGAGGCACCUGGACAUGGACAAGUUGCUAUUUUAUCCAGGUGUAGUAACCAGUUAUUGUGGGUGGGCUGUAUUGCUGUUUGUGCUUCGUGGGUGGGUUGCUGGACUAACCAGGGCACUGACCGGCAGGAGGUCAGAUACCCUGUUAGUUUGGAUGGUAAAGGGGAGAAAUGUGGCGAAACCGCCUCGCCACGUGUCCUUGGAGGGGGCUGCUUGCCCGCCUCUUGCCUUUGGACUAUGGACCAGACCUUGUGUGAAUGUGUUAUACCCCAGAUAGGAAUCCCAUGGAGCCCAUUCGUAUGAAACUGACUGUAAAGACUUUGGUUCCAUGGCGAUUAAACUGUAUUUGUGUGGUCCGAGCGCCAUUCACUUAAUAAUGUGCGCUCAGACCUGAGCUAUCUGGGGAUAUGUGAAAUGUCUGUGUUAUGUGUAAAAUGUGACUUUAUGUAUUUUAAAGUGUUUUGUGUCUUUUGCAACCAUGUGCUUAAUGGAGUCUUGUGUCUGUCCUGGGAGAUAAUUAAUUACUUAUCUCAGGAUAGAAGACUCUGAAACUGGUUUGGGCCAGAAAGCCAUGCUUCAUUUAGUCACAAAGGACUUUUACUAACUUUGAACCCCUUGUCUGAUUUGUGCCAUUUUUGAAUAUGUUGUUCCCCUGAAUGGAUUGAUUGUGAAUAUGUAAUUUUAUGUGAAUGUGAUGUAUGGUUUUGGAGUUAUGAAAGUUGGGUAGAAAGUAUGUUUUAACUGUAUGUAUAAUUGAGUUUCCUCUCAGGAUAAGGGGAGGGAAUAUGUGGGAUGUAACUGUGAUGUGAUUGGUUGUUUUGUAACGCCCUGUGGGCUGUACUAUGUUGGUGGAUUGGGAAUAAAAGAGACUGUAUGUGACAGUACAGGGAGUUCCUGUUUUAACCCUCAAAGUGAAGUGUCGUCUCAUUAUUGGGGGAAGGAUUUAUUGUAUGCUGUUUGACUGCUAGGAGAGUAAACCUAUUCGUAUGGUUCCUAUUCAACUGUCUACAGCAUUCAUAUGCUUGAGAGCAUUCACAUGCUCCUACGGUUCGGUGGUUUUGGUGUCUGCUGCAGUGCUUGGAGUCCUCAGGAAGUGCUAGGAGCAUCCUUCAACGGAGGUACCCAGUCGGGGUGCCAGGCGAUCCGUUACAGGCAGGCUUGGUACAGAAGGGUAGAGAGUAACAUGUUUGUAAGGAUAAGUGAAAUAACGUGUUCUAGUUGCGUUCUAGCGAUGUCAGUUAAGUACUGGAGGGCACGUUUGUCAGCCAAGUAGCCUACGCAUGUGUAGCUUAUUCAAUGUCGGCUCCUCAACCAUCUCCCCCUCCCCCUGUUGCUGUACUUCACCCAAAGCCUGUGGCCAUGAGAGCCAAGUAUGGAGGUAGUGUCCCGGCAGUCCAAUGCUGGCCGCAGCGCCGGCCCCAGGCUACCAUAAGAGCCCAUGUACUGAUCCCACUGCUGCGGUCUCUCUCAACACUGUGGGUAAGGUCUUGGGGGGUGUUUUCACCGCUGGAGCUCUGGCUUUCUCCUUCCAAGUAUGUGGGUUAUCCUCAAGAGUACCCUUCAACACAACCAAAAUGUCAUCUAUAUAACCCAAAGGUGUAUCAUGGGGAUGUGUGAUGAAAAUUUGUCUGACUUAAUGACCACCUCUUCCCACCAACAUAGGUGCAGGAUGGCAUACAAUGGGGAACAAGCUGUCCCCAACGCAUUGCCCCGCAUGUGGUGGUAAAAUUUGUUGUUGAAGAGGAAAUAGUUGUGUGAAAGGAUAAACUUGAGAAACUUCAAAAUUAAGCUUGACUGUGAUUGGUAGUCUGUCCCCCUUUUUUUGAGGUAGAAUUGAACAUGUUGGAUACCUCCUCCAUGAGGUAUUGAAGAAUACAGAGAUUCCACAUCCAGACUGCAAAGUGCUGCUGAUUAGGGCAAAAUCAGAUCAGAGAGAAGAGCCAGGGUCUGCUUAGUGUCAUGGAUGAACGAGGGUCUUAAGAUUCUGUCCAUAUAGAUACUCCAAUUUUGCAUAAGAUUAUCAACACCGGAUACUAUGGAGCAUCCGGGGGGAUUUUUUAGAUCCUUAUGUAUCUUGGGCAAGCAGUAGAAGGUUGCUAUGCUUGGAUUACGAUUUAAGAUGAAGUCAUAUUCAUCUUCACAUAGCAACCCUCUACUGCGGCCCAUAUCUAGAAUUUAAUCAAUAAAUAAAUGCACAAAAUGGAGUAAGCAAGUGUUGGUAAAGCUCAAAAAACACCUUAAGUGGUAUCCCCUAAACCACUUCUAUAGAAUACAAAAAAAAACAUACAUACAUAUGGUGGAGCUUCUUACAUAGGUGUUCAGUAUAUAUCUGUAAUCAUAUGAGUACAAGACAAUAGUGCAAUAUUGUUGUAACAAAAGUAAUCUAUAAUGUGAACAUAUACAUACAGGAUAGACAGUCAGGAGUCAUAAAUCUCAUAUGACUCGGAUGGUAAACGCCUGUGGACACUUUAAGGAUGUCCAAGCCCCUCUUUUGGUUUCCUUCCCUGGAGUCUGAGCUGCUUAACUCCUCAGGAUGGUAAGUAUUAACCUGUAUCGUAUGUAUGUAUGGUUUUUUUUCAUAUCUAGAAUUUGUUUGUAUUCAUUUAAGUAUACAUUAGUGGGAUCAGAUUGUAAAAUAUGUUAUGUAUUCCUGUCCUUAAGGAUCUUAUGAGCCAUCUCAACAUAGUUUGCCUAAUUCAUGACAACAAUGUUGCCCCCCUUAUCAGCUGAUUUUAAAAUGAUUCCAUUGUCUUUUCUGAGGGACUGCAGAGCUUCGUUUUCAUGUUUGGUUAGAUUCAUAUUCGGAUAGAAUUGCAAAUCAACCAUUUUAAUGUUCUCAAUUUCAAAUUUUACUGCCUCUAUAAAUAGCUCAAUAUUUCAGGAGUUUCCUAUAUUUGAGGAGAAAUGCCUCUUAGGUUUCAGAUCUGUGUGUUUAUGAGUAGUAGUUUCCUCACUGUUACAAGAUGCUUUAAAAACGAUACUAAUUAUAGUAAUUGGCAAAGAAAUCUGACAUUUUAUUACAAAGUAUCUGAAUUGGAAAAAUAACUGGAGAUUGUUUGCAAUUAUUAUUAUUCUUUUUUUUUUAUUUGGCUCAAAAUGUUCAGUUUUAUGUGUCAUUCUCUGCUUCUUAAUUUAUGUGACAUUUGUGAUGGUAAAAAAAAAUAUAUAUAUAAAUUCCCUAGGUAGUGUGUAAUAAAAGAUCAUGCUUUCAUAGGCGGCUUUAGAUUUCUUCCAGGAUCUGCCAAGACUUGUGUUCUGUUCUGCAAUAAUUAACUUCAAAAUAAAAUUAAUUCUGGAUAUGAAAACCUCACUGCCUCUUGUAGAUGAAUUUAUUAAUUUAUUUUGUGAUUAUAUGCACACAUGCUCCCUGCUCAUGUAUUACAUUGCAUAUGACUUCAAACACAUUUUGAUUUAUCACUGUAAUGACUACAGUUGAAUUUUUAUUUAUUUUUAGUAUUAGUGAUUUUGUCAAGAUUAUUCCUCUCUAUACUUCAGCUUACUGAUAACAGGUAUUCUCUGAUUUAGAAGGAUCUCGUUGUUUCUUUCUCUGCCCUGUCUAUAUGGCCAGUAUCUCUCUUCAAAUUAUCAGAGGUACAUGUGGCUGCAACCUGCUAAUAAAAUGGUUCAGAAUAGUACAAAAUAUAUUGAGAAUGUAUUAUUAUUUUUGAACAAGAGAUGAUGAGUAAAAAAAAGCCUACUUUGGGAGUACAUGGAAAAAAACUGGCUUUACCCAGGUCUUUAAACAUGGUGUACAACUGUAAAAAGUGUAUUUUAUAUAUGUUUUGCUUUAUGGCUUUUAAUGAGAAAUCAGGAUAUACAUUCUUAUUUCUUUCAUUGUCAUAUCAUUGGCCUUCAUCAACUCAUCAGCUGGGGCAUUCAGUGUAAUAUUGAGAAGCAGAUAGAUUUUUUUCUUCGGAAGUAUAUUUGUCUGGAGGGUGUGAUAGGAAGUGAAUGAAGAAACAUAGGAGACGAGCUCCCGCAACAGUUUUUGGAACAAGCUUUUAAACAAGUUUUAACCCCUUAAUGACACAACUUCAGAAAUAAAGGGGAAUCAUGAUGGAAUAUUUCCGUCAUGUGUCCUUAAGGGGUUAACAGCAUUUCAACUCACCUACAUCUGUUCACGUGGCCAGAAAAAGUAGAAAAGAACCUUAGAUUGUCGGCUUCAAUUCGAAGUCCACAGUUCUGCCCACAGAAUUGCAGUCCGCUUUUAAUUAUGCAUAGAGAACACACUUUGUCAAGUAUUUAGGUGUUAAAAUGGCUCAGUCUCUGAAGUUGAUGUGUAAAGUCAACAAUGUGCCCCUGAUCCAGUCAGUAAAACAUGAUUUACACUCCUGGAAGCAUCUGCAUCUUUGCUGGUUGGGUCGCAUAAGUACUGAAUGAAAAUGGUUGUCGCAUAAGUACUGAAUGAAAAUGGUUGUUCUGCUUGUUUGUUUCUUAUUUCAGAGAAUACUACAAUGUCAUGUUGCUUUCUCAGGCCAUCUAACUACACACUCCACAGGGUACGGUGCAGUGGGUAGACUUGGAGGCACAUUCUUUGCCUUCUCAUCUAUAGUCAAAUUGACUAUGAAUACCGAAGUUGCUCAGGCCAGGUUUGCCUGUUUGCUCAUCUAAUACUAAGCAAUCAGUCCAGGUAUGGAACUCUAUAAUGUCCAGAUUUGGGAUGUCAAAAGACAUCUCACUGCAGGCCAUGCUCGGAUCCCUGCUUAUUCUUACACCACAUUUGAGAAUGCCUUGGUUACGGGGAGGUUUGAUGCACUGAUAGACAGAUUCUCCCAUUUCCAGAUUUAGCUCCUAAGUACCACCUUCCAUCAGCAGCAAUAUUUACGUACCUACAAAUUGAGAAUAUCCUCACUAUAUAUGUAUAACUUUUUUGACAUGCGUUUUUCUGGAUUUUUUUUUGUUAUUCUAUCUCUCACUGUUAAAAUACACCUACCAAUAAAAUUAUAGACUGAUCAUUUCUUUGUCAGUGGGCAAAUGUUCAAAAUCAGCAGGGGAUCAAAUCCUUUUUUCCCUCACUGUAGAUUAUAUAAACUGUGUUAAAGGGACACUAUAGUCACUCAGACCACUUCAGCUCAAUGAAGUGGUCUGGGUGCCAGGUCCCUCAGGUUUUAACCCUUCAGAUGCAAACACAGCAGUUUCAGAGAAACUGCUAUGUUUACAUUUGGGGUUAAGCCAGUGUCUAGUGGCUGUCUUCCGGGCAGCCACUAGAGGCGCAUCUGCGACGCUGGAGGCAUAUUAUGCCUCCAUCGCGCAGAGCGUCCAUAGGAAAGCAUUGAGAAUUGCUUUCCUAUGGACACUUUGAAUGCACCGCGCAUGUGCAUUCGGCUCCGCUGACGUCGGACGGGAGAGCUGACGUUGGAGUGGGAGGAGAGGUCACCAGCACCGAGGGAGCCUGGCGCUGGAAUAAGGUAAGCUGCUGAAGGGGUUUUAACUUCACCCUUCAGCUCCACGGGAGAGGGACCCUGAGGGUGGGGGCACCCUCAGGGCACUAUAGGGUCAGGAAAACCGAUUUGUUUUCCUGCCACUACAGUGAUCCUUUAAAGGGACACUCCAGGCACCCUGACCACUUUUUCCCAUUGGAGUGGUCUGGGUGUCAAUUCCCACUACUCUUAACCCUGCAAGUGUAAUUAUUGCAGUUUUUUUAAACUGCAAUAAUUACAUUGCAGGGUUAACUCCACCUCUAGUGGUUGUCUAUUAGACAGCCACUAGAGGGCACUUCCUGGUUUCUAAACCUGUGCUAGAGCGUUGCUGGACGUCCUCACGCUAUGUAUUUUCAAUGCUUUCCUAUGGGGAGCGCUAAUGCGCAUGCGCAUUAGGUCUCCCCAGCCGGUGGGCGGGAUCAGUCUCACCCACCAGCCGAUGCAAUGCAGAGGAGGAGCGGCGGAGGAGGAAGCAGCGACAAAGGACAUCGUCACUGCCUCAGGUAAGUUACUAAAGGGGUUUUCACCCCUUCAGCAACCAGGGAUUGGGUGGUGGAAGGGAGAGGGGACUUGCAGUGCCAGGAAAAUGGAUUGUUUUCCUGGCACUGGAGUUUCCCUUAAAGUAUUGUUUUGAUGUUUUCAUGAUUUAUAUGGUAAAAGUUAUGCACCUUGAUUUCUCACUUCUGUCAUUAUGCGAAUCGACUGUAUGUCCUAAAAGUCAAGAAAAUUCAAGUCACUCAACAAAAAAAAAGUAAUCUUCCUAAUCAGAGCACCAUGCAUUGAUUUUCCUACAUUAAUUGCUAUCCAUAGGCACGUAAACUGACUGAAGAUGUUUUUAUCCCUUGACCUCAUUAAAGAGUUACCUACUAUUGAGAAUGUUUUUUAUUAUAAAAUGGUAGGUUUUAACGGCAACAUGUAAAAUGUGAAUGCCGUCGCUGGGUAGCAGUUUUGCUGUAAGCAAAAUAAAUUCAAGACAGCUAUCCAUUACGGUUGUUUCCAAGGUAGUCAGAAGAUCUUGUAAGCCUUCACUUUUUAAUCUAAUUAAUAGCAUGUGUUGUUAAGACACCCCUGGCACAAAGGAGUGAAACCGCCGUUUAGUUAAGCUUCCCCUUUCGCAAUAAUGCACGCUCCAUUCGUAUAUACUUCCACCGUACGAACUGCAACCAGGGGAAUGCGCCAAUCUCCCGAACGGGACCCGUACGGAUGCUCCAAGCUCCCGAACAAUAAUUCAUGAAUCGGGGCUAACAGCCGAACAAAUAUAUCCUCCAAGCGUCUUACGGUUCCAGCAAUCAGUCGCUAAGCGUGUGUAGUAAAUCCCCCCAAUAACGAGACCAAGCUCCGCAUUGAGGGUAAAACAAGAACUGGCUUUACUGUGGGCUACCCGCCGUAUUCAUGCAGGUCUCCCACUUGGUGGACACUCCCCUAGGGGACCAAAUGGGAGACUGUAAUUGCAGACAGACAAAUGGCCCUUUAAGACAUACAGGCACAAAAUAUACCCAUAAUGCAUCCCGAUUUCCUCCCCUCUGCCCUGGAGAUAAUUGAGAAGUAAUUCAAUUAUCUCCCAGGACAGAGGCAAAUCGCCAUUUUAAGUAAGACACAAAAAACACAUGAAAAUAAAUAAUUACACAACUAAUGAAAAUAUUACAUUUGUGCAACGUACCCCCAGAUAGCCUGGAUCUGAGUGCAUAUUCUUAGCGAAUAGCGCUCAGAUCCCAUACGCACAGUUCAAUCGCCAUGGAGUCAAAGUCUUUUACAGUCUUUCGGUAUGCGAUUGACUCCAUGGGAUGGCUAUCUGGGUUAAGUCCAUUCGUGUAAUCCAAACUCCCGAACGGCCGGUGUUCACAUGCCUUGUCGACUGAGAAGGGCGGUCUGUGGUUUCAGCGGUGUUCGGCAGAAAAAGUGUCAGUUUUUAGUUCCAUAGAAUCUGCGCCGAACACCGCUGGUCUUUCACAUGGUUUCAAAAAGCCGCCGCCUCGUGGUCGACAUACGAACGACGACCACCCUGCAUUCGGUUAUAAUUAAGAGGUGUCUGCGGUUAACCACAAUGUUCUAAUUGGGAUCAAGAGGUUAACCAGCAGCACACUUCUCUUCUGAGUGGCCGUCCGUUCGGUAAGUUAAUUCGGUAAAAAGUAAAACAUACGAAUAGGGGUAUACGGACAGGCAAUUCCAUGAAAGGAAGGCAAACUAGACGAACCAGCAAUAAUAGUUAUACAGAUGGGUCUGUCACAUGUGUCUCUUAUUAAUUUGGCAGCGUGUAAGUAUAAAAUAUAAGGUAUUAGACAUCUGAAGGGCUGAAAGAGUUAAGCAUGCUCUUCAGAUGUCUAGUACUGGCUAGACUUACUAGAUUGAAAAAAUGUGACAAGGCAUGUUAUCAUAUUACUAAUAUUUGCUGAUUAAAAGGUGUGAGAGGCAGCAUCAAUUAUCAAAUAUCAACUGUUUGGGUCUAGUCGUAAUAUGUAAGGAAUAGCAAGAGAACAAGAGAAAGAGUCAGGGGAGGAGGGAGAUGAUUGGAGACACAUAGAAGAGGUCUGAAAGUUAGGCACUAGGUAGGAGGCAAUAGAAUCAAAAUAUACUAGGUGGUAAAAAGGUGUUAGCAGAGAUUGAGAGAAAGAGAGACUUAUGUUAUGGCAAGUAAAACAAAAAUUACAGAUUGAGUAGUAAUCAAGAUUAACUAGAGGUGAUGCCUACCUGAAGUGUGAAAGGAAAUUACUUGGUAAAAGAGAGUGAAAGAAACAGAGUGAAGAGAGGUGAGAAAAAUAGAGGCAAUUAGAGGUGGGACACAAUAGGGUGACAGAUGAUGGACAAACAUCCUUGAACAAGCUCUAUUCAUGUUGAACAAUAAUUUGCAAAUGUCCACAAUGCCCGACAACUGGCAGAUGAUGCAGCUGAAGUAGUGAUAAACUUACAGACAUAUAUAAAUAUAUUUAUGUAAACAUAUGUGAGUGGUCAGGGACAAUAACUCAUGGGUGGUAUAAGUACCAAGAAGAGAAAAAUCAGUUAUAUGGUGCUUGAUAGCCAGCAUGAUGUGUGAUCCUGGAAGAGGUCAUCUUGGUGGAUUAUGAUAUAGUAUUUGGAAUUAAAUUGUUUGUGGUUAGUAACUAAUGUACAGUUUAUUUUUGUGACAGUGAUAAGUAUUUCUCUUUUUCAGAUAUGAUAUCAAGGCUCUCAUUGGCCGGGGCAGUUUCAGCAGAGUUGUGAGGGUUGAGCACAGAGCCACUCGACAGCCGUUUGCCAUAAAAAUGAUUGAAACAAGAGCAAAGGAAGGAAAAGAAGUCUGUGAAUCUGAACUAAACAUCCUUAGAAGAGUUAGUCAUCAUAACAUUAUUCAACUUAUUGAAGUGUUUGAAGCUCAGGACAGAGUUUACAUGGUUAUGGAACUGGCGACUGGCGGGGAGUUAUUUGACCGAAUCAUUGCUAAAGGUUCCUUUACGGAGAGGGAUGCAACCAAGGUUCUACAGAUGGUCUUAGAUGGCAUAAACUAUCUUCAUGGAUUGGGCAUAACGCAUAGAGAUUUAAAACCAGAAAAUCUUCUUUACUACCAUCCUGGGGCAGACUCCAAAAUAUUAGUCACUGAUUUUGGUUUAGCAAAAGCUGGAAACAAAGGCAGAGAUUGGUCUAUGAGGACAAUUUGUGGAACUCCAGAAUACAUUGCACCAGAAAUAAUUCUGAGAAAAUCUUAUAGCAAUGCUGUGGACAUGUGGGCCCUUGGAGUUAUCACCUAUAUAUUACUGAGUGGGUCCAUGCCCUUUGAAGAUGAAAAUCGUACAAGACUUUACAGGAUGAUCAUUAAAGGCAAAUAUAGCUAUUUGGGUGAUGUGAGUAUACAAAUAAGUGUUUUUUUUUUUUUUGUGGAUAUAUUUUGAUUGCUUUGAAACAGACAUAGAGGGUUACUGAAAAGAAAAUAGGAGUUAUAAAAAUAUGGCAAUUGAUAAUUAGUAAAUCACACACAAGCACAUAUUUAUCUCAAUAAACAUGCAUAUCCAUCACUCAUUAUCGAUAUAAAUGACAGUAUUAAUCCACGUCAUCAAAACAACCUAACCCAUAUACCCUACAAUAAAAUGAAAUGUCCUUACUUAUUUAAAUUAGCCUAGCUUUAAAAGGAACAUUGCAAGCGCCAUAACUACUAGAGAUCAUUGUAGUGUCUUUUUUGCCAGUCCUCCAUUUUCUGGGAAAUUUAAUUAGUUUUGUUUGGCAAACCCAGUCCAUAUAUUGUGGCACAAAUAAUACAGAGGUAUCAUUUCAACAUUAACUAUUAGUCCUUAAAAAAAGUAAUUAUAACCAUGACAACCACAAUGAUCUCAAGUGGUUUCAACACGUAUAUUGCCCCUUCCAGAAACCACCAAUAGAAAACAAUUCCAUUCCAUUUCGGCAUAGAGUCUCUAUGGACUAGAUAGCGAUGAUUGCAUGGUCAUUUGCCUUGAAGGUUAAAAAGCAUUGACGAUAGCACAGCUGUAAUCAAAACCAUUCAAAAUCAGGUUUAAAUAUUUUUAAAAAUAUUGUAAUAUAUAUAUAUUUUUAAAAAAAUUUAAAUAUUAAAUUGAGGCCUGUUUUUUUUCUUUUUUUGUUCGUCAAAUUUGUUGUGUUUUAAAUAACAAGAUAAAGAAAAGCAACUUUAUGUCACAUUUAUCUCUUUGAAGGACACCUAAAGACAAACCAGAAAGUUAAUUAUCUUUGCUUUUUUCAUACAAAACACUAUGUGAAAUCUGAUCUGACUGUUGACUGACCUCACUUGUCUAUUAAUUUCUUGAGCAAGGAAAAACAAUUAACAUUUCUUUUUUUUGUAAGCAGAAGUGAUUAAAAUUAAAAUAGUAAAGGUAAAGUAAUAACAUUUACACAACAAUAACUUGCUGUUUGGACCUAUUUUGAUUACAAAUAUAAUAAAAUAUAUAAAGUAAGUCAAAUAGGGUAGGGCAUGUUGUUCCCAAGUCAAGAGGCUGUUAGUUACCCAAGAAACUCUCUCUGAUUUUCCUAAAUAUGUGAAAAAAGUUUGAACCAAUUUGUGUUCAGACAAUGUUUGCUUUAAUUUUGAUCUUCAGAUUGGUGCAAACCAUUCUACAGUGUGACUUCAUCAGAAUAACCCCUGGAUUGAGACACAAACAAAAUAAUUCAAAGUUAUAUUGAAUGUCCCUAAUAUACUCAAGUGAUAAAAAAGUUUCUCACUGGACCAGCUCUUAAAAACAUUAUUAAAAUGAAAUCAGGGUCCCUUAGAUCCCAUAAUAUACAGGGGUAGAAGUGGUGUAAUCCCACUCUUUAGCUAGUCAACACAGUGGUGAUAUGGACUACGUUUUUCUCACCUAGUGGUUCCCUAUUUUGCUGAAUGAAGUUAAUUAAAUGAAUGGAGAAUCAACUGGACCCCCUAACAGUGAGAUGGGGCCUCCUCAAUAACAAUGGAUUCUCUAUAAAAAAUCAUAGAGGUCCAGUGUAUCUCAUACCGUUUAGGAGAAAGAAGAGUCUAGUUUACACCACAGAUGGAAAAUAUGUUAUUUUUACAUGAGUUACCUUUUGGCAUUUUAAUGUACAUUUGGUUAGCGGCAAGCUCUGUUCUUAAUGAACUGAGAAAACAUUCAAGUUAUAAUAUACAUGUAUGACUAUAAUAAUGACGUUAAAAUAGGUUAGAUUUUAACCCCUUUCUUCCUUAUCCCAUAAAUGCAUGAGAUGAAUUUCAUUUUGUACUUCAAUGAUAAACUAAAUCUUGCCUGUAAAUCCUAGCAUACAUCCCUUUUACUCUUGCACUGAUCUUCAGGACCCUAUGAUUACAUUACAACGAGGGAAAAUUACAAAAUAAUAAGCUUAUUUGGGGAUAUACUUCUUUUUCUUCUUAUACCUUGGUCCUAAGGUCCUAGGCGUUACAUGCAGAGAUCACUAGGAACAUACAUAUAUAUAUUUUACAUGGUGGUUAGACUAUUUUACUACUGGCAACUUAAUUUCAAGUACAAAUAAAUGGUCCUUUUGGCCAACAAAACUCACAGAUCUCAGCAUGAUUGGUCGUGCUCAUGUGCAUCUUGCGAUAUAUAAGCUGGAACUUCAAAUAUGUCUGUAAAUUCUAUCAAGAGCAGGAUAAACCAUAAUGCCAACCUAUGCAGAUCUUAGUCCUUCUCUGCCUCCACUAGUUUGACAUGUGCAGCUUGAGGGAGUAUUUACAGAGAUCUGAGCAUGUCUAAGUGAUAGAAACUGUUUCCCAUCACGCUAGUGCCUCAUAUGACAACUGCUGUGUCUUACUGCAAACUACAAGAAUUAUUCUAGUCCAGUGGACCAACCAAAAGAGCAUUGAGAUUGUGCAUCACCAGCUCAUGCACAAAUCCAAACAGUGCUGGGCUAACCUUGGUCCAGAUCUCAGAUCUAUGAGUUCCUGCCUGUUACAUCACUUGUGCUGCACUUUGUCAGUAGACAUCACAAUGUUAUUCCUAUUUUAAUCCACAGAAAAUUGUUGUGAGACUGCAGUCCACAACCUUUACACACCCAGCAGCUUGGCAACCACUAAUAUCCUGGACGGUCAGGGCUUAAUGUACCUCUCUAUGGAGGUAACCUUUUCUACUUAGGAUUUAGUUAUCUAAUAUGUGCUGUUGAAAUAUUUUUGUAAUGUUAUAGAAUUGUCCACAACCUUCCUUCAAAGUUCUAUUGAGUUGUGUAAAGCUCUUUAGCUAAACUACAACUCUAACAGUUGCUCUGACACACACCGCAGUGCUAUUAGAUACGGCAGGUUAGGGGAAAGGAAGCUGUAUGAAGGAAGCAUAAUAAAAAAGCAUAAUAUAGAAUUGGCAAUAUAGAUUGAUGAAGCGCAGUUAGGAAGCAGAAUGCUGCGAAACAUGUUUGUGAUUGCAAAAACUAUACAAAAUUGGACAUUAAAAAACACAGCAGUAUUUGGCUAAAGGCUGUAAAAUGCCUCAACGUUAUGUUGGUGUUGCGAAUAUCAGUUUAAAUGUUGUAUAAAUAAACAUGUAUUAUAUAAAUUAUCUUUAUUUAUCAGGGUCUUCGCAUCAUGUAUAAUUUUACCCAUCCAUAUUACAUGCUUGAUGAAACUUCAUGUGAUGUGUCAGCAGAUUUUAAAAAUUCUGGAUGUGGUGUGUGGAUGUGGAUGUCUGUGCAGUUCUAUGACUUUAUAUGUUCUUUGAUUGAGCGUGUACAUGGUUAGUGAUUGCUCGUUUUAUUGUAAAUGAGUAUUUCAGAUGUAAUAGUUGUUAAUCUCUAGUUCUAAUUAUCACAUUUUCCUUUGUAGUGCUGUCUCUGCUUUAGAAUCAUGUUCUUGCAGUAUUACUUACUGUAUAAGUAUAAUAUAGAAAAGAAAACAGUUAUAGAAAUAACAAGAUGUAAGCUUCAGAGUCCGCUGAAAAAAAGAGCUCCCAAGACAUGGAGCAUAGUAAUUAAGUCAUUAAUAAUGGAAACAUGUUACAGUGUGUGUGUGUGUUUUGUUUUUUUAAAUAUACCUGUAAUUAUGGUGUUGUUGGGUACAGGGAAACAUUUCCUAAUGCUGGCAGUUAUCUGGGUGCUUUUUGUAAAUGGUAUCAUAAACAAUAAAAUAUGUUCUAAUAAGCUGAAUAUACAGGGAAGGAAAAGGGUAUUUGAUCCCCUGCUGAUUUUGAACUUUUGUCCACUGACAAAGAAAUGAUCAGUCCAUAAUUUUAAUGGUAGGUGUAUUUUAACAGUGAGAGACAGAAUAACAGAAAAAAAAAUCCAGAAAAAUGUAUGUCAAAAAAAGUUAUAAAUUGAUUUGCAUGUCAAUGAGUGAAAUAAGUAUUUGACCCCCUUGAGUUAGUACUUGAUGGCAAAACCCUUAUUGACGUUUCUUGUAGCUGGUGACUUUUUUGACUUGCGUUUUUCUGGAUUUUUUUUUGUGGUUUUUCUGUCCCUCACUGUUAAAAUACACCUACCAAUAAAAUUAUAGACUGAUCAUUUCUUUGUCAGUGGGCAAACAUUCCAAAUCAGCAGGGGAUCAAAUACUUUUUUCCUUCAGUGUACAUGGUUUGAUUUAACAUUUUCAAGUGCAUUUGUGGGGAAAAGACAGAAUCAUGAUGACAAUGACCUGAGACUGUACUCACAAAUGUACACAUUUAUUUACACUAAUGCUGCAUACUCAAAAUAUAUACAUUAACCCCUUAAGGACUGAGGAAAUUGUACACGUUCUGAUUAAAACAAAAUGUAAACAAAAAACUGGAAUUUGCGCGAUAUGUCUGUUCAACCAUAACUUGACUCUUUCAUAUUAAGUGCACCCACACUUAUUAUAUAUUAUUUUGUUCAGACGAAACCUUAAUGUCACAUUAACUAUUCAUAUAUAAAACAUAAUUUAUUUUGAAUAAAAUCUAAAAAAGUGUGAGAAAUUAAUUUAUUGAUUUAGUUAAAAUUUGUUUCGUUCUGUGUGGCAUUAUAACUGUGAAUGGCAUAAUACUAUUAGCUUUUACUGCAAUAAAAUACAUAUUUUAUUCAGUGAUGUCUCACCAGUACAACAGUACAACAUUUUUCAGUUUAUACACAUUGAAAUUUGCCAGACUGGUUAUGUUGCCUUUGAGACUAUAUCGUAACCCAUGAAUGAGAAUUAUCCCCAUGAUAGCAUAAUAUUUGAUAAAGUAGACAACCCAGGAAAUUCAUUAUAUUGUUGUAUUCGGGAGGCUUUGCUGAACACAAAUAUUAGUAUUUAAAAACUGUAAAACAUAUCACAACAAUGAUAUAAUUAGUGAAAGUGCCGAUUGUGUGAAAAAUUCAAAAAGCGCCACUUUCACUGACAAUAUCAUCGUUGUGAUACGUUUUACUGUUUUGAAACACUAAUAUUUGUUCAGCAAAGUCUCCUGAGUAAAACAGUACCCAUCAUGUACAGCAAGCAUGUCAAACUCAAAGGCUAGUAAGGGCCAAAUAAAUAAGGUUUAAGUUUAUGUGGGCCGCAAAAAACCCCACAAAAACUUAAUUUUUCAUAGAAAAGUAGGUUUCUUUUAAAAAGUACAGUGUAUAUAUAUAAAAAAAACAGCGGCCCCUUCUACUAAACCCCCUGUCUCAUGUCUACUCAACUAAAGACCCCCUCGUCUACUAAACCGCCGCCCCCGUCUACUAAAUCCCAGCCUGCCUUUGUCUACUAAAUCCCAGUCCGAUUUACUAAAUAUUAGUACCCCCUCGUCUACUAAAUCCCAGUCCCCACAUCUAGUAAACCCCUGCCCCUGUUUAAAAAAACAAAACAAAAAAAUUUAGCCAACAAGCAGUGUCCGAAGUUCACCUUUAAAAAAGCAGAUCCUCCCAUUACUCCUUGAAACCCUCACACACACUCUGAGACUGAGACACACUCACUGACAUACACACAUACACUCACAGACACAUUCACUGAUAGACACACACUGAUAGACACACAGGCUCCCUCACAGACACACUCACACACUCACUCACAGAAACACACAAUCACUAAUACGCACAGGCUCCCUCACAGACACACACUGAUAUACACACUCAGCCACACAAACAGACACACACAAAGACAGACACACAGCCAUGCACACAGACAGCCAUGGACACAGACUCACAGACAGACAUACACACAGACAGCCAUUCAGCCAGACAUACACACACACACACACACACAGCCAUACAGACAGCCAUGGGCACAGACAGCCAUGGACACAGACAGCCAUACAAACAGCCAUGCACACAGACAGCCAUACACACAGACAACCAUACAGACAGACAUAGACACAGACUCACAGACAGCCAUACACACAGACAGUCAUUCAGCCAGCCAUACACACACACAGACAGCCAUGGAUACAGACAGCAAUACAGACAGCCAUUGACACAGACUCACAGACAGUCAUACACACAGACAGCCAUUCAGCCAGACAUACACACACACACACACAGACUGCCAUACACACACACACACACAGCCAUACAGGCAGCCAUGGACACAGACAGCCAUGGACACAAACAACCAUGGAGGACACAGUUAGCCAUGCAUACAGACAGCCAUGCAUACGUAGCCAUACAGACAGCCACGGACACAGACAGCCAGGCACACAGACAGCCAUUGACACAAACACACAAACACACAUUUCCCCCUCAACACUGUUUUUUUUCCAUUUUUUAUUUAAAUCCACCCAGCCUCCCUACCUUUGGGAGAUCUGGGUGGAUUUCUUACCUGGGGUCUACUGGGGCUGCCGGGCAGGCGGGCGGACAGGCGGUGAGGGAGCGCUGAGUGUAAGCUCUCUCUGCUCAGCUCCCUCAGACCGCCACAGAGUGAGGUCGGGAGCCAGAGUGACGUAAAAUUCUGGCUCCUGGCAUCACUGCGUGGAGCUGAGUAGGGAGAGCUUACACUCAGUGCUACCUCGCCGUGGGCUGCAGGCCGCAAACAUAUUAGUUGUGGGCCGCGAGUUUGACAUGCAUGAUGUACAGGUUUUAGGGUGGCUUAAAAAAGUUACAGGGUUAAAUUUAGUGCUAGUUAAUUAAAAUCUCUGGACUUUCUGUCUGGGUUGUCAGGCAGGUUCUUUAAAUUGUAAAUAAUACAAUUUACUUCAUUAUGUAAAAAUAUUACGUAAAUAUGCACAUAGAAUUUACAUAUAUAUGCAUAUUUAUAUAUUUGAAGUCUACUUGUAUAUUUAUAAAAUUAUUUAUGUAAUUAUAUGUAUAUAUAUGUAUAUAUUUAUAUUUUUGUAAAUUAUUUUUUAUUUAUUUGUGUAUAUAUAUAUAAUUUCAUUCCAAGUGUAUUUUGAUAUGAAUACUUAUUUAUAUUCAUAUCGUAAUACAGUUAGAGUAAAAAAAUUUAUAUACAUAUAAUUUAAAAAAAUGUUUUAAUUUAUUUGUUUAUUUUUAUGUAUUUAUUAUUAUAUAUUUUAUCAUAAUAUAUAAAUACAAUAUAUAUAGUUAUAUACACCAGAGAAUGUGGAAAUAUAGGCUGCACUCACGGUCUUUCAAUUCGAUUCAAAGUGCUUUAUUUCAUAAGAAAGUAGAUCGAUGUUUUAUCCUGAGGAAGGUCCCUGCGUGGACCAAAACGUCGAUCUAUUUUCUUAUGAAAUAAAGCACUUUGAAUUGAAAGACCGUGAGUGCAGCCUAUAUUUCCACAUUCUCUGGUGUAUAUCAAGAUCCCCAAAAGGACUGGCACAUGGCAAAUUAAAUGAUUGCUUCAAAAGAAUAAGGACCUUUAAACGUGAGUGCAAGGAAACAUAUAUUGAUGGUUUUUAUUUUAUAAUAUAUUUGUAUAUGUGUGUGUAAUUUAAUUCUAAGUGUAUUUUUAUAUUAAUUUAUGUAUAUAUCAAUAUGAAAACACACUUAAUAUGACAUUAUAUAUACAUGAGAUAUAUAUAUAUAUAUUAUAAAUAUAGAUAUAAUAUAUGUAUGUAUAUAUCAUAUAGAUACAUAUAUUAUUAUUUUUUUAUUUACUAAUUCAUUUUAUUUAAUUUUUUUCAGCAGCAGGUAGACUGUCUGACAGCACAGGCAGUCCCCCUGCAAGCAGACACACAGACACCUAUUGCGGCCUUGUGACCACUCUGUUAGAGCGAUCACAUGGCCUGUGGGGGACUAAUUUGCUGGGGGGGAAUGUCUGGGCUCUCAGGCAGUCCCCCCAGACGGGGAACAAUGCCGAUCGUCGGUGGGGGAAUGGCCACGAUUAGCUGAGUGGUGUGGACGGCAGGGACAUUCUAUGCUGCCCGCCGGCAUUUAGGUCCAGCUUCUUAAGGACGGCAUAGAACGCCUGGCAUCCUUAAGGUGUUAAAGAGUUACUUCAACCCUUUUUAAAAACUUUUUUUAUUUUUAUUUAUAAUUGGGGAUGAGUAAUUAGGUUCCUCUAUUAUAAACCUGUAGAACAAGCAUUGAAAUUUCCCUUGGCUUGUUUCCAUUCUUCCUCCGAUGUCACUGCUUCCCUCUCCUUAGUCUAAUCAAAUGGUUCUCAUAGAAAAGCAUUUCACUGGAUCACUCUCACCUACUCAGAGUGUAUGUGCAUGCACUCUGGAGGGAGUGGAGAGAGCGGGCGUGGACAAGAGACAGAGGGAAAGAAUUAAUGUUUUUUUUUUAAAAAGGACACAAUAAAAAAUGUAGAAAGACAGGGAGGGCUGGACUGGAAGGACUCAAAUGAGAGAUGGAGGGAGAGAAAGAGGGAAGCUCCCAGUGCUGACCGCAAGGAUUGAAUUUCAUUACAACUGUCAUUGGUGCCCUAUGUGAUCUCAUGACAGAAGUCAUUUGUUGGUACCGUUAUAACAUUAGGCAGUCUGGAACAAAGUCACAUGUGUUGGGGGUGUAAUAAGCCCCUGUAAGGAAACCAAGUACAUUUAAACCUCAUUCGGUAGUUUCCUCCCGAACCGCCAGAGUGAUUAUAGCCCUCCGUUCGGUAGAUAAGGUAGACGAAUCCUAUAGUAAUUCCAAUAGCUUCACCAGAUAAUUCCCUUAGUGAAACACACGAAUCCCCAAACAUCAGCCGAAGUCAAGAAGAAGGGUACAAAAUGAACUGUCCUUUAAUGGGUGCACACAGCUUUUAUGCAAGUCCCCAUGCAAGGGGACAGCCCUCAGGGAGGGACAAACAAUAGCCAAUCAUAAACAGUAAAAAGUUAACACACACCUACAAUUCCCUCCCCUAGCCCAGGAGAUAAUUUAGUCUGAUAAAAUAGUAACUUAAUUAUCUCUGGGCUGAAAAAUCACUUUUUUCCCCAACUUUCAGAACACCCCUUUAUACUGGGGGUAUCCCCAUAAAUUAUGUGUCCCCUGAUAGCCCUGACCUGGGUGACCAACAUAUUCAAAUUUCACCCAGAUCGGUUCAGGGGUUCGCAAAUUUUAUGGAAGUCUUGUGUGACCGGCACCCCCUGGGCUGCAUGCCCAAAACAGUUCCACGAAUUUGGUGGGUUUUGCCGGUCACGUUCGAAAAACAUAAAAACGAAGAAAAGUACCAAAAUGGAUCCCUCUGGCUCCUAGCAGCGUUCGUGCCCCUCUGUCGAAUGCACCAAAGUACCGAAUAGCGCUCUUCUAGCUAUUCGGUAAGUAGAGUUCCAGUGUUCGUCUGUUUGGGACCGGUGUUCGGGAAGUCGAGUGUCCACAAAACAGUUCCAUGCACUCGACGACCAGGUCCCGCUGCCUUUGUUUGCAUGAACAAAGAUGGCCGCGGUUUUCUCUGCCAAGUGGCCUUCGACUAACGAACGCUGACCGCACAGACAGAGGUAGCAAUUUCACCUAAAUCUUUGAUGUUUAAUGAGCCAGAGGGUGGUCCCGGUUCGGUAGUUUCAUCUACCGAAUGCAAUAGGCAGUACAUAAAGAAUAAAAUGGGAAUGCACACUGUAAAUCACAUAGAAAUAGGGGAAUUUCUUCACAGCCCCUUGCACAAAAGUGCAAAUAUUGAGCAGACAUGUUGCACAAAAAGAUACCUGUAUAAACAGAAAACAGUGAAGUGCCGAUCAAGCAGAUUGUAGCAGAGGCCGGGAUUGGCUCCCCGCACUGCUAACGGGAGGGUAGUCAUAGAAAUGACAUUAACUAUCGUGCAAGAUAGUCACAUGUGUCAAAUAUAAAGGAUAGAUAGACUGACAGAGAGACAGACAUAUAUAUAGAUAGAUAGAUAGAUAGAUAGAUAGAUAGGGGAACUAGAGCUCCAUCAGUGUUGAGCAUAGAGCACCAUAUAUAAGUGAUAGAGUACCCGAGGUUUGUCAGUGUGACUUGUGCCCACUCUCAGUGUGUAAUUCAUUUAAAGAGCAUGUGUCCCCAGAGGAAGUCCUGGAAUAGGGGAAGUCCUGGAAUAGCUUUUUCUUGAGGAUGUAACAUAAAAUAAUAAUAUGCAUUUCUUUUUUUUUUUUAAACAUCAGAAAGGUAUUUAUCCCAUAGAUUUGUGCCAUUGUGUCUUAAUAAUAUAAUAAAUACCAAUUCAUCAUAUGUUGUUAUAUAUAAUUAAAUUUCUAUUAAAAUUGUACUUUAUUUUAUUGGACGUAAGACCGGCUAUAGGGUAUCAGUAUCUAUCCUAUUGUACCUUCGUAUUCUAUAUUAGCCAGUAUGUUGAGACCUUGCUUCCUCUAUAGUCAUGCCUUAUAAAACUUAACAUAUAAUACAUACAAGACAAACUACUCAUUCAAACAGUGAAUAAUAUGCAUUUCAACAUCUCAAGGGUGUAUUGAUUUGCUUAAUGGGACACUAUAUGCAUCCAGACCAUCUCAUCUCAUUUAAGUGGUCUGGGUGCAGUGCCCCUGUUCCCCUAACCCUGCAAUGUAAAACAUUGCAGUUUUACAGGAACUGUAAUGUUUAGAGCCACUACAGGUGCUUCCUGCAGUUUCAUAGAGUUUGACACCGGGAAAUGAUGCUUGAGUCAAGCUUUACUAUGAGGAAGGCCUAAUGCACGUGCAUGGACAUUCGGUUCCCACAUAGGCUGAUGUUAGAGGAGCCUGAUGCAGCACUGAGGGUCUCUGGCACUGGAAACAGGUAACUGAUAAAAGGUUUAUUUAACCCAGGGAGAGUGAAUGGGUACGGGAGCAGCUUUGUAUUCCUAAUACUAUAGUGCUCCUUCAAUGACACUCUUAUACUGCAAUUUUUUUGAUGCCACAAUAUAUUCCAGUUUUAGUAUGAAUACAGCCAUGAACUAGGGAAAUUAAACAUUAACUGAGGAUCAUUUGUGUAUAACCGGUGCAGCAGAUGAAAAAAGAAAAAUAUUGAUUACAUAUUAAUAAUGAACAUGGUAAUAUUUUGAACUGUAAUUUUAGAUGUUUUAGAAAUUCUAACUUACAUUUCCAGAUUCUAUAAGUCCAGUUUUGAAUUUUUAGAAUCAUAAGUAAAAUCCGGUAUAUAAAAUUUUCAUAUUGUUUCUUCUAGCCUUGGCCCAAUGUUUCAAACCUUGCAAAGGACUUUAUAGACCGUCUACUUACAGUGGAUUCUAAUGAUCGAUUAUCGGCAGCCGAUGCUUUAAAGCAUCCCUGGAUUAAGACAAUGGCUGCAUCUUCAUCAAUGAAAAAUCUUCAUCGAUCUAUCUCCCAGAACUUGAGACGGAGAGUGUCUUCUCGGUGCCAUAGCUCCAAAUCAGAACAGUCGAUGAAGUCUGGCAAUUCAAAUCGUUCACGCAAGAUGAAAGAAAUACUAGAACGAAACCGGCGUUAUCAGACACAUACUGUGCACAAUGAUGUCUUGUAA